AUGGAUGCAAGGGACAAGCCAAUAAUUACUCUUCUAGAGAGUAUAAGGUUCUGGUCGAUGUGUCGAUUUUGCAAGAGAAGAGAAUCUGUGUUGAGGUGGACAGAAACUGUCCACAACAAUAUUGUGAAGAUUGUCAGACAACGGCAGAACGUUUCACGACACUGUUCAGUUACACGUGCCAAUGCAACAAUAGUAUUCCAGCUCUCAAGAAUACCUUGUGGACAUGCUUUGGCUGCUAUUUGGUUUUGCAACCAUCAUCAAUGGGGUUAUAUUCAUGAUUACUACCAGAAGCAAGCAUUUCAAGCUGCUUAUGAAGGCACAAUAUUUCUUAUGUCUAGCCCAGACCAAUGGCCCAACAAAGGUCAUAAUCCGAUCUUGCCUCCUGGAGACCACAACCUUCCGGGCAGACCAAGAAAGAAGAGAAAGAGAGCAGGUGAUGAGCCACCACCACCAACUUCAACUAAAACCAGGCAAUUUGGACUGGUUAUGCAUUGCUCCAACUGCAAAGAAGCUGGACACACAAAAGCCAAAUGCAAAAAACUAAAGACUACAACCCCACAGACACAGGUGGAGAAGAAGAAAGGAGGUCGCCCACCUUCCAAAAACCCAAGUGAGGAAACUUUGAAGAGGAGGAAGAGGAACGAGAAACAGUUGGCAAGGGAGACAAGGGAUAAUGCACAAGCAGCUCCAAAUGCAGGGUCUUCCAAUCCUACAACUUGA